UCUACCCGCCACUCGUUCUUGUUUAUCUUUUCACUCGCCUUCUCUUCUUCUUCCUCUUCGUCACUGAGUAACCUCCGUUGCCGAAUACAAGCACCUGGUCAUGUAUAUGAAUCACUGCUCGUCCUUAUGUGCAUCUUCAGCAUUCUCUCCUUGCCGGCUCUCCAAUUCGGUCCAUCCGGGCCAGUCUCGGCAACUGAGUUUCCCUCCGUCUUCUAACCCUACCGCUCUUCAUUUCUCCGCACUUAAUUACACCCCUCUCCUAUGUCCUGGAUUAAUCUCUGCCCCGCCCUGCUCCGCCGUGUCUUCUCGAUCUGGUUCUAGUAUAAGUGAUGAUAUGCUUGAUGAAUUGAUUGAAAAAUAUGGAGAGCUGGUGUUUAGAAGAAGUGACCAUAAACCUGCGAGUGAGGAGGUUGAGGACGAUGCUGUAAGCCUAUCAUUUGCUUUAGCAGCGGCUAAUGUUGCGAAUGACAUGAAGGCUGCAGACAUAAAAGUUCUUUUUGUGAAGCCUUUGGUUUAUUGGACUAGGUUUUUCAUCAUUGCCACUGCAUUUUCUCGCCCACAAAUUGACGCCAUCAUGACCAAAAUCAGAGAUUUGGGUGAGAAGCAGUUUGGAACAAUUGCAUCUGGAGAUUUAAAACCAAAUUCAUGGACUUUGCUGGACUUCGGUGACGUUGUGGUACAUAUAUUUCUGCCUGAACAGCGGGAGUUCUAUGACCUUGAAACGUUUUAUGGAAACGCAACACCCAUUCAACUGCCUUGUGAAAAUCAACAACUUCAACAUUCACAAAAUUUUGAGCCUGGAGAUAGGGAUGGUCAAAACAAUUGGCAAAUGAGCAGAUGAAUAAAUGCAGGGGCAAGGUAUGCAUAUACACUCCUUCUCUAGACUCUUCUACUAUUGUAGAAUUUUACUAGGUGUUGUUGUUGUUGGUAGGUACACCAGGGAACAAAUGAACUAGGCUUGUUAACUCUUCUUAGGCCUUUAUCUCGCAGUGUCAAUGACAAUUUGCAUAUGUUAUGAUGUACUCCGUAUUUUUUUGGUGAGCCAUUGUACCACUCUCAGGUUGAAAAAAGAAAGAAACAAGGAUGUAUAUGUACUUGUAGUCCUGUAUUUCUCCAAAGAGGUCUCGGCUAAUUGAUUGUUGUUGU